AUGGGCAUUAAUCUGAGUGUGGAACACUAUGCCCUGGUGUUUGGAAUCAAUCCCUUCAUUGCCUUGAUGAUUCAGCCCGUCAUGAUGAUGACUGUGGUUGACAACCAAGGACUGGGGCUUCCUGUUGACAUACAACACAAGGUAAGGCCCUUGCCAAAAGUCAGCCAGGUGCUGUCACCUGAGCUUGGACCUCCCAGCCUCCAGAACUGCUUCACCUGUAGAACUGCCCCCUUUCUUGUGAUUGUUCUCAGCUGGAAGAGUAGGCUCAGGAGAGAAGCACCACUUCAUCCAUCUUAGGCUAAAGCCAGGGACAUCCGCUUUUCCUCAUGGAGGACCCCUCAAAUCGCUUUCCCCACAUAUGAGAAUAGUAGCAGGGAGAAACUAGGGCCUCGGGCCCCAGGGAUGAGGAAACUUGCUGUACUAACAUGCGGCCUGGGCCUCCGCCACGCAGCUGCACAAGCUCCAGCCGAAACUCUCUCCGACACCGCCCUAAACAGACCACGUGUGAGGGAGGGAGCCACAGGGAACAAAAAGCCGCAAGAUCCAGUGCUCUGAAGUCAUUCUAGAUGGUUUCAGGGGAACUAA